AAAUCUAAUUAUCAAUAUACUCUUUCUUUUAGACAUAGGUAUAUAUAUAUAUAUGUGAAUAACUGUCCACGAGUUAGCCAUUGGUAGUAUAUUCAGAUACAAUUUUCGCCGUUAAUUUUUACGAUGUCAGAUGAAUACUUAUAGAAAAAUAAUUUAAUGUCCAUUAAAUUUACGAAUGAAUUUCACGGACAUGUUAUUUUUUAUGCGACACUUUGUUGAAAUGUGGCAACAUUUUCGCUAUUUUCCGUAAAACUUGUGUCGUUUUAGCGUAAACAAUCUGUAGUUCGAUCAAUUAUUAAUAGCAGGUAAAGGUGUUCCAGCGUAUUGAGUAUAAUCAAUAUCAGCGUUCAUGAAUAUUUGAAAGAAUGCUUACAAUGGAAUAAUUACUUGAUGUGAAUUUAAUACCAGUGACACAUUUGUGAUAUUUUAUAGAGAUGUGUUAAUAUAAAUAUCAUUUUAACAAAUACAUGAUGUUGACAUUGUUUACUGUAAGUUUGAUUUAUAUGUUAUGUACCAGUAUCUCGGAUGGUAAAAGGCCUAACAUAGUGUUCAUUGUAGCGGAUGAUUUAGGAUGGAACGAUGUCGGGUUCCACAAUCCAUCUAUGAUCACACCUAACAUUGAUAAACUUGCCUACCAGGGAGUGAUUCUGAACCACUCAUAUGUUCAACCAGUCUGCUCGCCAUCAAGACAUGCCUUUAUGACUGGGUACUAUCCAUUUAAAGCUGGCUUGCAGCAUAUGGUGAUAUGUGACGAGCAGGAUGUGUGUUCACCAUUAAACAUGACGUUUCUUUCCAGUCAUCUCAAGAAAGCUGGUUAUGCUACACAUGCUAUUGGAAAAUGGCAUCUGGGAUUCUGUAGCUGGGAGUGCACACCGGAAUAUCGCGGGUUCGAGUCUUUCUAUGGCUACUACAACAGUCGGUCCGACUAUUUUACUCAUGAAGAAGCAAACUAUCUAGAUUUUCAUGAUGGUUACGACGUGGUGUGGGACAAGAACGGGUCCUACUCUGCGGAUUUGUAUGCGGAGAGAGCAGAACAUAUCAUAGCAAAACACAACAACAGUCAGCCAUUGUUUCUCUACCUACCUUACCAGAACGUUCAUGAGCCUUUACAGGUACCACCACAAUAUGAAGCUUUGUACCCGGAUGUUAAGACUAAAGACAGAAGAACAUAUUGCGGUAUGGUGACGGCAUUAGACGCUGCUAUUGGGCGUGUCGUAGAGGCUUUGAAAAAGAAAGGACUUUAUGAUGAUACUAUAUUCUUUUUAACACCUGAUAAUGGCGGAAUGAUAACAAAGGGUGGUAAUAACUGGCCUUUACGUGGCUCAAAAAUCACAGUAUGGGAAGGUGGAACUAGGACUAUUGGAUUCGUUUCAGGAUCCAGACUUCAGAAAACUGGAUACACCUUCGAUGGAUUAAUGCAUGCGGUGGACUGGCACCCUACAAUCCUCACAGCUGCUGGCCUUACCUAUGGUAAUAUAAAACUUGUCAUAGAUUUAAACUUAAAGUGACAUUAUACUCAUU